AGUAUAGCUUGACCGGUCAAGUAAUUUACACCAUCAUUUUUGGCGCCGACCGUGGGACCGUUAAGGUUUCUUCUCUUCUAAACACAAACCUACCCACAAAAACACCACCCAAAAUGUCUUCCAGCCAGCAAGUCAACGCUACCUCUGCUCAGGUGCAAGCUGCCACUGAAGGUACCAGCAUCCCCAUGGCUGUUAGCCUGCCGACCGUUUCCGCUCCGGUUUUGCCGUUGGGACCAAGCUCGGUCCCAACACCCAGCAUGGUAAGCCCAUUCACGGCCCCCGUCCCUUCCGCUGGACCGAGGGUCACUUUCCCACCAAGCAUGACUCAGUUCAUGAAUGACCCAGCCAACCUGCAGGCCAUCCAAGGCUUUGGCCAGGUCAUGGCUAUGUGCCAGCAGAAUGGGGGGAUGCCUUUCCUCCCUGGUAUGUUUCCGUUCGCUCUUUCAGGUGCGGGAACCAUGCCCCUACAAGCUCCGAAGGCGGUGUCUCCCUUCCAAACGCCGGUGCCGCAACCAUCACCUUUCCUGCCGCAGCUAGUCAGCGCUGUGGCCCCCAUCAACUUGGCAGGGGCGGUUAACGCCGCGGGGCCGUCGCGUCCCCCGCAAGGUGAGGUGAGGGAGGCCGAGCCUGCCCGCACCCAACGCUCCUGGUCAAACCGGCAGGAGCCAGCCAGGACGAGGGCCUCUCACCAGGAGGAGGAGGCAGAAAGCCAACCCAGGGUACCGGUGGCUAACCGGUUAAACAUCCCCAGUGAACGCGUCCAGCAGAUGGAGGCAAAAUUGGCAAGACUGGAGAAGAAGGUCGGGGAGAAGAAUGACCGGGACAAGCCCCUCGCAGGGUCCCCGUUCACCAUAAGGGUCCAUCUGACACCUUUCCCGCGAAAGGUCAAGAUAGAUGCCCCAAGAUUCACUGGGAAGGAAGAUCCAGAAAUUCACCUGGACUCCUUUAAUCAGAGUGCAACCAUGAACGGAUGUACAGAUGAAGAAAAGUGCCUCCUUUUCUUCCAAACUUUGCGAAAUCGAGCUACUGAAUGGUUCAACAAGCUUCGCCCAGGAAGCAUUGACUCAUUCAGUGACUUGGCCUCAAAGUUCAAGGCCAAGUUCCAGGAGAACUGCACUAAGAGGAAGAAGUUCACUUAUCUUAGUACAGCCGGGCAGAGGGAAUCCGAGAACCUCACCCAAUUCCUUACCCGGUGGAAGGAAGAGGUAGACAAGGUGGAAGAGAUGGAUGACAAAACCGUCUUAUCUCUCCUCUUGAGUGGCUUACGUGCUGGGGAACUAUACAAGGAGUUCUGCUGGAAACCCCCGGCCACGUACCAAGAGGCCUAUCACACUGCAUGGGAGUUUGCUGAGGCUGAAACUCAACUCUGGGCGAAGAAGGAAGCCGAACAUGGGUUCAAGCCCAAGCCGGUGAAGGUCAAAAGGGAAGAAGCACUGGUAACCAGCCGGCCAAGGCACCAUUAUGACCCUGUCGUCCGCAUGGUCAACCCAGAAGAGUGCCAGGAGGUAAGAAAAGCACCGGCUCCCUACCCGGUCGUUCCUCCGGAAAAUCUUACCGGUCAAACUGGACGGCAAUGGUCGGGCACGUAUUGUUCGUACCAUCGGUCAGAUUCCCAUAACACUUCCGAGUGCAAGAGUGUUAAGGGAGUCAUCCGGCAAAUGAUAGACAGCGGAGAACUGGGCAAAGAUUAUUUGCAGAAAGCCCAGGAGAAGAGUCACCAAUGGGUAAGGCCAUCUAUUCUGGAGGAUGACCGGGACAACGACCGGCAGAGGAAUAACUGGCUAAAGGAGCGUCAACCUGCCCCUGAAAAGGAACACAUCGACAUGAUCUUCGGCGGACCUGAGGGUGGAGACUCAGCCGCGCAACGGAAGAACUGGGUCCGGAGCAUUUACGUUGGUGAGGUAAGCGCUGAACCGCCCAGGCGUAAACAUGCUACGAGGGAGCCGAUCGUCUUCACUGACCGGGAUCUCCCUCCUACCGGUGAAGAUCACAAUGAUCCAUUGGUCAUCACCAUGGACAUUAAUGGGGUGGAUGUCGCCCGGGUACUUGUUGACACCGGCAGCAGUGUCAACAUCUUAUACUUGGAGACUUUCCAAAAACUCAGGUUGUGUCGGACACAACUUGAGCCCCUAAAAACCCCUCUAUCAGGUUUCACGGGAGACACAGUGGAGGCUGAAGGGUCCAUAGUCCUACCGGUCGAACUAGGAUCGGGCGAAAAAACUGUAUGGAAGAAGAUGCGGUUCAUAGUUGUGGACAUCAAAUGCGUCCACAACGCAAUCCUUGGAAGACCUGGCAUCAAUACGGUUGGGGCGGUAAUUUCCAUGCCUCACCUGUGCAUGAAGUUCCAUACUCCAGGUGGUGUGGGUGAGGCCGAGACGGUGGAAAUCGAACUUCACCCGGGUGAUUCUUCAAGGAUGGUCAGAAUCGGAGCCAAUCUCCUAGAAGACCUCAAGGCGGAGAUUACACGGGUACUCCGAGAAUACGCGGGCAUAUUUGCAUGGAGCGUGGCAGAUAUGCCCGGAAUCGACCGCUCAAUCAUCUGUCACCGGUUGGCAGUGAGAGAUGGAAUUCGACCGGUACGCCAGAAGAAAAGGUACCUGGCCAGUGACCGGCGGGACUUCGUCAAGAAGGAGGUGAAGGAUCUCCUCAGUGUUGGUCACAUUCGGGAAGUCAAGUACCCGGAUUGGUUGGCCAACGUGGUUCUUGCUCCCAAGGGGGACACAUGGAGAAUGUGUGUGGACUACACGGACUUGAACAAGGCGUGUCCGAUGGAUUCAUACCCCCUCCCCAGUCCAGAUCNGCCAGAAGAAAAGUGGUGGGAGAUGGCAGUAGACGGGGCGUCCGGUCCUAAAGGUUACGGGGGUGGUAUAGUCUUUACUACCCCGGAAGGAUUCAAAAUUUACCAUGCAAUCAUCUUCAACUUCAAGCUGACAAACAACGAGGCAGAAUACGAAGCUCUGGCUGGAGGGCUCAGACUUGCCCAAGCCCUGAAGAUCGACCGGGUCAGUAUCAAAUCUGAUUCCAAUUUGAUCGUUGGACAAGUGACCGGUAACAUGGAAGCCAGAGAAGGGCGAAUGGCGCAAUACAAGGACCUGGUGCUUGCCUUGUUGAAAGGCUUUGAGGAAUUCAAGAUCGCCCAAAUCCCCCGGGCGGAAAAUGCAGAUGCAGACCUUCUCUCCAAAUUGACGCAGUAUGCUCCUGAGCAUGUUUCAAAACUUGCCCGGGUAGAAAUUCUUGAUCAUGCCAGCAUUGAAAAAUUGGAAGUAGCCGCCAUAGCAGGAGCAAGCCAACCUGACCGGUCAAACUUGGUCGGGGCAGAUGACCACUGGAUGUAUGAUCUGAUGGAAUAUCUGAUGGACGGGACCUUUCCGGAACAAGAUGACCGGGCAAGAAAAGUGAAGCUCAAGGCACCCCGGUUCCAAGUCCUUGACGAAAAGCUGUACAAGAGGGCGUUCGGGGGACCCCUCCUGAGGUGCCUAGCCAACCGGGAGGCUGAACGGGUCAUAGCAGAAGUCCAUGAAGGUGUAUGUGCGGCGCAUCAAAUGUCCCGCACUCUUUCCCAGCGCAUCAUCUUGUUGGGGUAUUACUGGCCAACAAUUGUCCAGGAUUGCGAGAGGUACGUCCAGAAGUGCAGAACGUGCCAAGUGUUCUACAAGUACCCCGGUAGGCCGGAGACCUACUAUCACCCCGUAUCAAACGUCAUCCCUUUCGCUAGAUUCGGGGUGGAUAUCAUUGGGGCAUUCCCAAUCGCCCAAGGAAGGAAGAAAUUUGUAAUCGUGGCCAUCAAUUACUUCACCAAAUGGAUCGAAGCCGAGGCAUUGGCCAAUAUCACCACGCAGCAAUGCAAGAAAUUCAUUUGGAAGAACAUCAUCACGAGGUUUGGAGCUCCCAUGAACCUCAUCACCGACAAUGGCCCACAAUUCCGAAAUCCGAGAUUCACCGAAUACUUGGAGGGCUUCGGAAUCAAGCACAACCGCUCUUCGGUGGCGUAUCCCCAAGGAAAUGGCCAAGUUGAAAACGCCAACAGGACUAUUGUGGAUGGUCUAAAGAAGCGGCUGGGAGAGGCAGGAAACAAUGGCUGGAAGAGCUCCCGCACAUCAUAUGGGCAUUUCGAGUGACGCCCAAGAGGGCUCAUGGGGAAACUCCCUUCUCCCUAACCUAUGGGUGCGAAGCGAGGCUGCCCAUCGAAGCUGAAUUCCCAACGUUUCGGGAAUCAAGUUAUCAACCCCAG